CGAAGUUAUAACUGCACACUUAAAUUCGUGUAGUAUAUAUUUUAAACUAGUAUUUAUUACGUCACAUUUACACGUGGAACGUGAACGUACACGUGGAACGAGUUUGUUCUUUGCUGAUGUUAGUUUGGAUAAUCUGAUCCCACACACUGGUCCUAUAGGGAGUUAAGAAUUUGACUGGUUUUAUCUUCUUGCUACUGACACGAUAACCUGGCCAUACCAGCUCUGACAUCUGCCACGCCUGUUUCCAGACAUUUUGUCUACACGCCUACACAGAUGAGGAUCUCCCCUCCACCCCCCUGUUGUUUCGUGCCCGACUUGCUUGUCUCAGUCACAUCUAACAUUGUUAUAAGUCCUCUGCUCUUGUGGCACCACCUGUUCUUAUUUAAAUCAUGUGCCGAUAUGGUUUGAACAUUCCUCGAGGAGUCUUAAAGGUCAGUUUUUGCAGCACUUAAAGUGUAAUGUGCAGACUUAGAAGCUGAAACAGGAUUUAAAAACAAAAACAAAAAAAACACCUGUUGUAAUAACCAGUGGACUCAAUUUAAAACUGACUGCCACCGUGUAGCCUGCUCCCCGACCUGCUGUAUCUUUAGUAUCCUUGAACAAAGCACCAGCUCCGUGCCAGCUCCGUGCCAGCUCCCUGUGUUUGAGCACAAGCUGGACAAGUAAAUAAAUAACCCCCACCUUGUGGGACUCCAUAAAGAGGCUUUAUGGGUUGUUAUCAAGCACAUAAACGUUUGAAUAUGUUUGCGCUUGCUCCCCCUGUUGGCGAAUUAUGGCAAAGAAAGAGCUACAGUGCAUCCUCUGUCUGUUUUAUGUACCAGCAGUGAAUGUGAUAUACUUGCAGCAAUUUCAGUUUUUCCAUGCAAAAAUAAAUAAAUAAAUAAAUAAAAAUCUUUGCUGCAUUCUGCUACGGGCUGCAGCCACUAUAAGUCCAGUCCAAAUGCCCUGUAAAUGAUGCCACCACUGCUGAUCUCUGUCUCCCCAGCAGUGACAUCAGCCCUCAGUCCAUUGGCUGCUGACUGUCAGGCCAUCCAGUUCACGGCGUCCAACACCUCAGUGUUACAGCUCUGACAGUUCACUGUGGUCACUCAGACCAUUUUAGCUUGGCACUCGCAAACAAACUUGUGUAAUGUGCACUGGCCACUUUUCAGGAAAAUCUGAAUCCAACCCCUUAACUCAGGCACAACGUAGCUUGAAUUGAUUUGGAUAAAUUAACUUAUCUACGUUAAGGUUGCCUGUGCAUCUUGAUCCCUGUCAGUUAGAUGUAUAUGCCGGUAAAAUCGCAAUGGACAAAGUUGUUGUUUAUUUCACAGCUAUUGGGACAAAAAGUUCUUUGGUGAUUACAAAUUAAAGAAAUGGUCCUGUAAUUACACUGUUUUCCUGAUGCUUUCCGUGCAGAAAUAGUUUGCUGUGCAUUAAAAAAAAAGUGAAACAACAAGAUGGUUUCCUGCUUUGUCUUAUCUUACUUGUCAUUUCUCUUUAAAUCUUAAUCCAAAAACAUCCCUCAGAAGUUCCCCCUUCCAAAUCACUUUUUUUUCUCCCUCUAAUCCUAAUUUGCACACAAGAAGCUUGCAAAAGGCCUGCUUGAGCCAAAGGAAAGGGACCUAAGGGUCAGACGGGGUUAUUGGGGGAAUAACCCUUCAUCCAGUGUUAGGAAAGGAGCGUCUGGAUUAGUGAUGCAAAUGUCCCAUAUCAAUGCCUACGGGGCUUCACUGAUGUCCCAAUCCACCUUUUAUUUUCUGCCGGGGAAUCAUUUCUCUGUUAAAUUCUCCGGGCAUCGGAACAAAUUAAAAUCAUCCAGUGGUCCGUUUUAGGUGGUUCAUAAAUGCAGGGAAACGGGAACAAGGAACAGAUGCGCAUUUAGGAAUAAAACACGCACAUACCCUUGCACCACGUAGCAUUAACUAAAUGUUCCUGUUUUGCGGGCAUCGAUUACAGUGUCUUCGUAUCCAAUUCUGCGCAAUAAUUCGCACGCAUUCACUUGAUUUCUUUGUAAACAUAGUCUAUAUUGUAAUUUUCCGAUAAAUAUUGCGGGAAAAAAUAAAAUGUCAAAUGACUCUUAUACUGCACGUUCUUCUCUGUGUUUCAGGGUGAUUCGGUGAUUCAAUCAGGCCGAACUGUGAAUUACUUCCUCCAGAACAAGCCGUACGGGACUAUUUUUUUGUAGUGCUAUCAAACUAACAAUUCCUCAUGACUAUCUUCCCUUAAUCCCCGACAAUCAGCUGCGCGCUAGAUAACUUAAAUAAACUUUUCUUCUGACCAGAAAUUCAGGGGCUCAGUGUUACACUUAUCCUAUAGGAUUAAACGGAUCUUCCUUUGCUCUUGAAUGGAGGCAGGGAACCCACCGUUGCCCAGCCCUGAAGGCCCAGGGUGCCCUUUUGAUCAUUGCAGUCGCUCCUCGGUGCAAUACUUCUGAUUGGCCGAGGGAGUAAGAAGGGGGAAAAUCUUUAAUUAAGCAGAUAAUCUCUUGUUGGGACGAGAGCAGCUCCAUUUCAGAGCCCCCUCCUUGAAUCCUGGAAGCCCUGGUGAAGUUUGGUGCGCUGCCGUAGCUCAGUUUCCUCUCCAUCGUCACGCAGUCCGCAGGCUCCGGGCGAGUUCACCUGUCAGGAUGUUCAUGCAUUUGGAGGUUUUCUAUUACACUUUCAUCCUCCUGACUCACAUGAGGUCUUACUGCUGUUGGUCAGUGAAUAAUUUCUUGAUGACCGGACCCAAGGCGUACCUGAUCUACUCAAGCAGCGUGGCGGCAGGAGCUCAGAGCGGCAUAGAGGAGUGCAAGUACCAGUUUGCAUGGGAUCGCUGGAACUGCCCCGAGAGAGCUCUGCAGCUGUCCACGCACAGCAGCCUGCGCAGCGCAAACCGAGAGACAGCGUUCGUCCAUGCCAUCAGCUCUGCUGGAGUGAUGUACACCCUGACCAGGAACUGCAGUCUUGGAGACUUUGACAACUGUGGCUGCGAUGACAGCAGGAACGGACAAAGAGGUGGUCAUGGCUGGCUCUGGGGCGGCUGCAGUGACAACGUUGGCUUUGGCGAGGCCAUCUCCAAACAAUUUGUUGAUGCCUUGGAGACCGGGCAGGAUGCUCGAGCCGCCAUGAAUCUCCAUAAUAACGAGGCUGGCCGCAAGGCGGUUAAGGGGACCAUGCAGAGGACAUGCAAGUGCCACGGGGUAUCAGGAAGCUGCACGACUCAGACCUGCUGGCUGCAGCUGCCCGAGUUUAGGGAGGUGGGGAACUACUUGAAGGAGAAGUACCACAGGGCUCUGAAAGUGGACCUUCUACGGGGAGCGGGGAACAGCGCAGCCAGCCGAGGGGCCAUCGCCGAGACCUUCAGCUCCAUCUCCCGCAAGGAGCUGGUCCACCUCGAAGACUCCCCAGAUUACUGCCUGGAAAAUCGCACGCUGGGCCUGCCGGGCACGGAGGGCCGCGAGUGCCUGAAGAAGGGCAAGAACUUGAGCAAGUGGGAGAAACGGAGCUGCAAGAGACUGUGCGGCGAGUGCGGGCUGGCCGUGGAGGAGCGCAAAGCCGAGAUGGUGUCGAGCUGCAACUGCAAAUUCCACUGGUGCUGCGCCGUGAAGUGCGAGCAAUGCAGAAAGACAGUAACCAAGUACUUUUGCGUAAAGAAAGGAGGUCAGAGGGGAAGGAACGAGAGCGCUGGCAGCCGACGCAAGAGCCUCAGACUGAGGAAGAAGCACUGAGCGUCUCCAUCACCGCUCUGCAUGCUAUCAUCACACUCACGCCACUGCAGCUCCUGCCGACACCCACACUCCCUGUGCAUGUUCAGAUAUUGUGUACUUUGGACAAAAAUAUAAUUUCAGACGAUCUUCAUUGUUUGUUUCUGUGUUGAAAGCCAAAGCCACAUUAUGGCUUUGUGCACGCCAAAUGUUUUGCAACUAAGGAAAGCAGAACUUUUACACCUUUGUAGUAUUUUUUUUUUUAAAUUUUUUGGUAUAAAUGCAGAUAUAUUUUUAUAUUUUUGACAAAAUUUUGAAAAGCCACCGGGCAUGUUUCCUCCAACUUCAAAAAUUCUCCACAGCUUUUUGUAUUUAUUGUGACACAAAAAAACAAAAGAAAAAGGAAAAAGGAUGACUGACAGAUGAUCCGGCUAGAUAACUUUUUUUUUCAAAGUCUGUCAAACAUGUGUCCUCACGUCAUCCUCGUAUAUUACAACAAACACCGUUUAGUAUCAAUUUUACAGAAAUGCAUUUUGACAUUUUCGGUCACAGUUUCCCCUUCCCAUCAUCUGGCGCGCCCUGACCUUUGCUGCCCUCCCGAUGUAUUUAAUUGUACAUAAAAUGAAGCACUUUGUACUGUACAUUGUUAAUUUAUUGCACAGCAUUUCCUAGUUUUGCGUUAUUGCUAGCUUCCUCUGUUUUCUAUUAAAAUGUAAUGAAAGAAUAAUAAACCCUCCGGU